AUGAGUUCGAAGGUGGUUAGUAAAAAGGACCUAGACAUUGAGAUUAAGAGUAAGAGAAUUCGAAUUGGGUUGAAGGGAAUGGAAAGUUUUUUGGAGGGAGAAUUGUCCGGCCUCAUCGACGAGGGGUGCUCGUACUGGUUCAUUGAGGACAAUAAUUUACACAUACUUUUAACCAAGGUGCGUAAGGCAGAAACAUGGAGUAGCGUUUUUAAGGGGCACAAAUGCAUUAAUGCAGCUGAUGAGGAUAACACCAGGAAGAAAAUACUUUUAGAGCGCUUCCAGAAUGAGUACCCCACUUUUGACUUUUCCUCGGCCGCGUUUAACGGCCAGGUGCCGGACGCACGUACCUUUAUGGGCGGCGUGAAGUAUUAG